UUCGGUGCUCUCUAGUUUGGUCGGAUCAGUGGUACGGAAAACGCAACAUAAGUGUCCAGCGGACAGCACGACGGCAAAACUCAUCAUUACUUCUUGUUGGCAACUGUACCGGGCGUAGUGUAGGUGUGAAUAUUAAUUUCUGACAAUCAAGCACCACUAACGAACUGAGCAGAACAACACACCGGGACAUAAAAGCCAACCCAACCCAAUCAAUUCUGUAACGCCGUCGAGUCAAAGGGGCAUUAGAAAUAUAUAAAAAGGAUCCAAAUACAACGAACGCCGAUCUGCAAUCAAAACUUGCUACAUCAGUCGCAAUCAAUCGUUACAAUAACUACCCGGCCGAGUACGAUGUAUUGUACACGUCCUCUAGGGGGCGUCACAACGGUUGUACUCGCGGUCGCAGUGAUAGCCAUCAUCGCAGACCAUGCAGCAGGGCAGCUGUCCACGUACCAGCUAACGACAUGCCCGGGCAAAACGACCUGCAGCCAGUGUAUCCAGACGACCAACUGCCGCUGGUGCACGAUGCCCAACUUUACCCAUCCGCGGUGCCACGGGCAAAUCGAGAAGUACUGCCCGGAGGAGUAUACCGUCGAUCCGAGCAACACGUUUCAGCUGCUACAGGGCCGGGAAUUAACGAAACCGUCCCGGCGCUUGCUGGAAGGCCAGAGUGAACGCGAAUCGUACUACUCCUCGAGCCACUAUCAGUCAUCCUCAUCGUCCUCGUUUCACCAGUCAUCCUCAUCGUACGAAUCGGAAUCGGCUGCAGGAAGUAUCGUGCAGAUAUCACCACAACGCGUUAGCCUAAAGCUACGUUUGAACGAGGCAUUCCGGUUUAAUGUGAACUACGCACAGGCAGAAGAUUAUCCCGUCGAUCUCUACUAUCUGAUGGAUCUCUCCAAAUCGAUGGAAGACGAUAAGACAAUCCUGUCCACGCUUGGAGCCGAUCUUGCGUCCGAGAUGCGGAAAAUUACCAGCAACUUCAAGCUCGGCUUCGGUUCGUUCGUUGAUAAGGUGCUAAUGCCAUACGUGUCGACCGUGCCGAAAAAACUGGAGCAUCCGUGCGAUGGAUGCAAUGCACCGUACGGUUAUCUACACCAUAUGUCGCUUAGUUCGGACUCCAAUCUCUUCACCCAAGAGGUCCAACGGGCUAACGUAUCCGGCAAUUUGGACGCACCGGAGGGUGGUUUCGAUGCGAUCAUGCAAGCAAUCGUGUGCCGGGAACAGAUUGGAUGGCGGGAAAAGGCACGCCGUUUGCUGCUGUUCUCGACCGAUGCCGGGUUUCAUUAUGCCGGUGACGGUAAGCUCGGUGGCGUGAUCACACCGAACGAUGGCGAAUGCCACCUGGACCAUAACGGACGGUACACCCAUUCGACCACGCAGGACUAUCCAAGCAUCUCGCAAAUCAACCUGAAGGUAAAGCAGAACGCAAUCAACGUGAUAUUUGCGGUGACAGCGGAGGAACUGUCCGUGUACGAGCAGCUGUCCCGGCUGGUGGAAGGUUCGUCCGCCGCCAAGCUGUCGAACGAUUCGUCUAAUAUCGUAUCGUUGGUACGCGACCAGUACAGUAAAAUUUCGUCAUCCGUGGAGAUGAAGGACAACCGGACGGAUAAUGUGAUCGACGUAAAGUAUUAUUCGCGCUGUCGCAACACAAAUGCUGCGCUGCAGCAAACCAACCGAUGCGAAGGUUUGAAGGUGGGCGACGUGGUGACGUUCGAGGCGCACAUUACGCUGCUGCAGUGUCCGAGUGAUCCGCGUGACUGGCACCAGGUGCUGCAGAUCUAUCCGGUGGGCAUUAACGAAAGCUUGACGGUGGACAUCGAGAUGCUGUGCAGCUGCCCGUGCGAGCAUCCCUCCGAUCCGGAGUAUCGCGAGCGAGCGGAUGAGUGUAGCAAUGCGGGUACGUACAAGUGCGGCAUAUGCGAGUGUGACGGCACCAACCAUGGGCAGCGGUGCGAAUGUUCCGCGCUGGACAGCUUGCUCGAACCGGGCAUGGUCGAUGCCUGCCGGAUGUCGAACGCGAGCGAGGAGUGUAGUGGCCGUGGACAGUGCGUGUGCGGUGUGUGCGUUUGCGAACGGCGCCCAAACCCGGACGAGCUGAUCGAGGGUCGGCACUGCGAGUGCGAUAACUUCUCGUGCGACCGGCCCGGUGGGCUGCUCUGCUCCGGCCCCGACCACGGUCGGUGUGUCUGCGGGCAGUGCGCGUGUCGCGAUGGCUGGACCGGACCGGCUUGCGAUUGUCGGGCAAGCAACGAAACGUGUAUGCCGCCCGGUGGUGGUGAACUCUGUUCCGGCCACGGUAAAUGCGACUGCGGCACUUGUCGGUGCACCGUAACCGAGGAUGGCCGCUAUACUGGGCGAUACUGCGAAAAGUGUCCGACCUGUGCCGGACGGUGCAAUGAGUUCAAGCAUUGCGUCCAGUGUCAGCAGUAUAAGACGGGCCCGCUAGCGACCGCCAAUGAGUGCGCGACGAACUGCACCCAGUUCGUACCGAUACCGGUGAAAAAGGUAGUGAUCGACGAAGAGCGCAACGAUUUCAAGUGUACCUUCUUCGACGAGGACGACUGCCGGUUUGAAUUCUCCUACAACGAUAGUGACCAGGACAAGGUGGUGGUGACCGCGCAGGAAGAACGUGAAUGUCCGCCGAAAGUGUUUAUGCUCGGUAUCGCACUGGCUGUCAUUGCGGUGGUCGUACUGAUCGGCAUGGCGGUGUUGCUGCUGUGGAAGGUGCUCACCUCCAUCCACGACCAACGGGAAUUUGCCCGGUUCGAGAAGGAGCGCAUGAUGGCUAAAUGGGACACGGGCGAAAAUCCUAUCUACAAGCAAGCGACAACAACGUUUAAAAAUCCUACGUACGCCGGCAAGUAAGGUGGGGAAAAUAUUCUGCGAAACCACUCGUUCAUUAGUGCGACUGAUUCAAGUUACAACGUGAAUGCCAACCAUCAAGUAGAAACAUAUGCGUGGCGUCCUUCAUUUCAUGCAAGGCGACGAAUUUUGUCACCGCACUUCGGUAAUGGAGGCGAUGUUCAAGCCCCACGUACAGGGUAUAGAGUGGUAUCGAGCGAAUGGAUGAAUGUAUUUUAAUGGUGUAAAGAUCCUUCCCUCCACCCCAUCUCCACAAUUUCCUUAAUUACUUUUCCGUUCUUUAUGGUACUUACCGUGAAAAUGGUUUGCUAAAUCCCUUUUUGCUGCCGUAAAACACGAAAAAACUCAAACAAGACACGAGGCCCGAAAAAGCGAUAGACAAAUGUAGGAAGCUGCGUUUUCCACGUGAGGUAGUACUAGUUUGACAUUUGCACGCGUGAAUAAGAUAAUUAGAACAGAAGGGCAGACAAUUCGAAAUCGAUAGGUGUCGAUUAGGUGGGCGAAAAUUGGCGGUUGGAUGGUCUCUAGUCCGUACGUACAAUAUUUUAGGGCAUCGGUCUGGCCGGUACAAGAAACAUGUUAAGAAUUUUCUUUCCAAUUAACACCGACGCAAUUAGCAAAAACGUUUAAAAAUCCCGCACAUUACUUUUUUCCUUUUUGUUAUACCGGCAGAUAUUAAGGGUCCGCGAGACGUGACGUCAGUUUAGAGGUAGCUUAACCUCUUGUAUCCAGGGUACGUCAAACCUUCUUUCGAUAAACAGACGAAUUAUGGCUUCUUAUUUUUUAACAAUCUGGUGAACGUAAUUCAAUGCAACAUUGGCACGAAGUAAAAACAAUUUUAAAACACACCCAAAAUGAAUAAGCAAACGCAAGCUAAGCAUAGAAAAGAAAUUUCGCACUUUACGCAAAUCAUCCUUCAAUCAGGGUUUAUCAACACAGCAAACGAAGGUGAGGUUGUUUGGGGUACACCCGCGCUGUCCGAAUGCGAAUGACGUGUUGCAAAUUAUGCCAUUUGCUACGCCAUGUUGUCACCAUGUUGUGUGUGGUAGAACCAUAAUGAAUGCUUCGCGACAAUUUUGCAUUUUUUUUUAUUGGAGAAGAAGAGCUCCCAAGUGCACUUAUAUAAAUCGCAAAACUGUUGUUGGCCAACAACAAGAACAAAUAAUGAAAGCAAUUGAUAGUUUUACAAUUUAAAACAACAAAAAACAAAAACAAUCGUGUGCCAUCGAGUUUUAAAUGGAUAUAAAUUUGCCAAACGAAAAUAUUCGACCACCAACCGUGUGGGAAUGUGUAAACGUAGAACAAACGAAGCGAAGUGUAUUUUAAUUCAUGCAUAUUACAUGCUUUAGAUGUGUUUUUUUUGUAACAUGUUUUUACUUCUUUCAUUAAUAUCCAUCUUUUAAUAACCCCGUUUCAAUUGGAAAUGAUCGGCAUUGGUAUUUAGAUUGCGACACCCUUUUUGGUUUAUUAGCGACAAUCGGUAGAACGAAAAGAUAUUCUACAUCCAAAUACGACAGGAGGUGAAAAAACUGAUGUUCUGAUGUUAAGGUACUCGAAUCGCGUUUCGGCAAAAAGUAUAUUUAUCUACAUUACUAAAGGACCAUUCGAGGUGUGAGUGGUUUUUUUUAAAUAGUUGAUUAAUUAAUUAGUGUUCCCGUAUUUGAGAUAGGUUCUAACUAAACUAGCCCGAUUUCUACAUUGCAAACAAUCAUAAACGGCACAAAAUAGUAUGGAGGGUAAACGAUGGAAAAGAAGGAACGCACAAAAGAUACGCAAAUGUGUUCACAAGUGACGGGGGCCCGAAGGUAUCGCAGUAGGAUGAGGUUUUUAAUUCCACUAACGAUAUAUGAACUACAAGACUAAUUUUGCCAUGUACUCUGUUUGCCAAACAAGAAAAAAAAACGAAUGUAAGCAAUGAAAACAGAAGAAAAAAAAACAAAACUCGUAAGCCCAUCCGUCCCGAAGUAA